CUUGAGAUCAUUCUUUCAUUCCUACAUUCAAGAAAAGCAUUCUUGGUACAAUACACUUGACAUCUUGAAAAUGCAUUUUUCCAAGCUCCUCAUCUCCGCCGCCGCCGUCUUCCUUCAAGGCAGCCUUGCAGUCAAUGUCUUGGUCUACAGCGGUCAUGACUGCACAGGCACGGAGACCAAUGUCGCGGUCGACAAUGGUGCAGCCUGCCAUGGCACUGUCCCCCGAUUCAAGUCUUACAAGGAGAAUGGAUGGGGACCGGGCAACGGACAGAGAAUCGCCUUCUACCAAUCGGGCACGUGCGCUACGGAGUCAUUCUUAUACGACACUUACUCGCAUGAUGGAGAUUACUUCCACUCGCACAAGUGCUACAACAUCAACGGCCAUUCGGUUUCGGACUAUGCUGCGAGCAUGAAACUCUAUUAG